ACCAAUGAUGCCUUAGGAGCCACCUGGAACUGGCUGUACUUCAUCCCCCUCAUCAUCAUUGGAUCCUUCUUUGUCCUCAACCUUGUCCUGGGAGUGCUGUCGGGGGAGUUUGCCAAAGAGCGUGAGCGAGUGGAGAACCGACGAGCCUUCAUGAAGCUGCGGCGCCAGCAGCAGAUUGAGCGGGAGCUCAACGGCUACCGGGCCUGGAUAGACAAAGCGGAGGAAGUCAUGCUGGCUGAAGAGAACAAAAAUGCUGGGACCUCAGCCUUAGAAGUGCUCAGGCGAGCCACUAUCAAAAGGAACCGGACAGAUGCCAUGAACCGUGACUCAAGCGACGAGCACUGCGUUGAUAUCUCCUCCGUGGGUAACCCCUUGAGUCACUCUGGCCUCAAAGGUGCCAGAGUGGACGGUGCCUCCUACUUACGGCACAAGGAGCGACUCCUGCGCAUCUCCGUUCGCCACAUGGUGAAAUCCCAGGUCUUCUACUGGAUCGUCUUGAGCCUGGUGGCUCUCAACACUGCCUGCGUGGCCAUCGUCCAUCACAACCAGCCAGCCUGGCUCACCCACUUCCUCUACUAUGCAGAGUUUCUGUUUCUUGGGCUCUUCCUCCUGGAGAUGUCCUUAAAGAUGUACGGGAUGGGGCCACGCCUUUACUUCCAUUCUUCCUUCAACUGCUUUGACUGUGGGGUCACAGUGGGAAGCAUCUUUGAAGUAGUUUGGGCUAUCUUCAGACCAGGAACCUCUUUUGGGAUCAGUGUCCUACGAGCCCUUCGUCUCCUGCGAAUAUUUAAAAUAACCAAGUACUGGGCAUCCCUGAGGAAUUUGGUGGUCUCGUUGAUGAGCUCCAUGAAGUCUAUUAUCAGUCUGCUCUUCCUCCUCUUCCUCUUCAUUGUAGUCUUUGCCCUGCUGGGAAUGCAGUUGUUUGGAGGCAGGUUUAACUUCAUUGAUGGGACGCCAUCGGCCAACUUUGACACUUUCCCCGCAGCCAUCAUGACGGUGUUCCAGAUCCUGACGGGUGAGGACUGGAACGAGGUGAUGUACAACGGCAUCCGCUCCCAGGGAGGUGUUCGCUCAGGCAUGUGGUCCUCCAUCUACUUCAUCGUCCUCACCUUGUUCGGAAACUAUACUCUGCUGAAUGUGUUCUUGGCCAUUGCGGUGGACAACCUGGCCAACGCUCAGGAGCUCACUAAGGAUGAGCAGGAGGAAGAGGAGGCCUUUAACCAGAAGCACGCUCUUCAGAAAGCCAAAGAAGUCAGCCCCAUGUCUGCCCCAAACAUGCCUGCUAUCGAGUGA